AUGAUUCGCCCACGUCAUGCAGUAGUAUCACCAGAUGUUUGCAGGCGUUAUGACCAGCAUCAGAGGCUUAUCGCACGUAGUCGUCGUAGCACAAGCUGUUCCUCCUCCGAAGCGUCUGAUGAUGACGAAGGAAAGCGAAUGUCAAUUCUUGGCUCCAUGCAUUGCGGGAGAAAGCGAGACGAUAACGACAAGGAUGAUAGUGGUGGUGGCCAAGGAGGUGUCGCUGGAGGUCCUGGAGGAAGUGGCGAGGAAGGAAAACCUUACUUGAACUGUACUGGUUCAGAUGCAAAUGGAGCCGGUGAUUCAACCCGAGAACGGAGGUCUGGAGGAGCAACUGAGGGAUGUUCCUCAACGGGUCAGCAACACCUGUGCCCAAUACCAGAGAUGACCCAUCUUGACAGCAAUCGAGGCGACUGUCUUCGUCACAAUACGGCUGAAAGGAUAGCAAGGGACUGGGCUUCGGUGUACACAAGAGACUAUGUCCGGGAGAUAUCUUGCUUUGGCACACCUCCCAGAGAUGUUGCCAACGUUUCUUCUAGAGAAAAUCGUAGU